AUGUCCAAAAGAAUGAAAUCUCAUGAUAGUUCAAGUUCUUCGGCUCCAAAUGAUAAUACGUCUCCUUCAAAUGCUAGUGCGUCUCUGGCUCCUCCCAAUGUUACCGUGACUCCUUCAAAUGUUAGUGUGUCUCCGACUCCUUCAAAUGUUACCGUGACUCCUUCAAAUGCUAGUGUAUCUCUGACUCGAAGUGUCCCGUUAGAGGAAAAAGAAUUGAUUUACGAUGUUGAAAAACUUAAUCAUGAUCCUGCAAAAAGAGAUAGUAUAAUGAAAUAUCCUCCAAAUGAGCGAUAUGCAUCUAUUCUUGUUUCUCUUGAUAAUGCCACCGAGGUGACCAUCAAAGAAUAUGACAUUCGCUUGAAGGCUUCAAUUUCAUGUUUGCGUUAUCUACUGCGGCAAGGUUUGGGCUUUCGUGGACAUAGAGAAAAUAGUGAAUCCCUUAACAGAGGAAAUUUUCUUGAACUUUUGAAAUGGUUAAGGACACAUAACGAAGUUGUUUCAAAAGUGACUUUGGAAAAUGCUCCUAGAAAUUGUCAGUUGAUAUCUCCAACUAUUCAAAAGGAUAUUAUCAAUUGUUGUGCUAAAGAAACAACUAAGCGUAUUGUGGAAGAACUUGGUGUUGACUAUUUUGCUAUAUUAGCUGACGAAUCAAGUGAUGUGUCCCAAAAGGAACAAUUAUCUCUUUGCCUACGCUAUGUUCAAAGAAAAACAGGACAGGUAGUGGAAAGAUUCAUUGGUCUUGCUCAUGUUGGUGAUACCACAGCUUUAUCUCUUAGAAGUGCAAUCAUAUCAUUGCUUAUUGAACAUUCAUUGAGUCCAUCUAAGAUUCGAGGACAAGGAUAUGAUGGGGCUAGUAACAUGAAGAGUGAAAUACAUGGAUUGAAGACUUUGAUUAUGGAAGAUACUCCAAGUGCUUACUACGUCCACUGCUUCGCCCACCAACUUCAACUGACUCUUGUAGCCAUUGCAAAAACGAACAAUGAAUGUGCUUGGCUUUUUGAUACGAUUGCAAAUUUAUUAAAUGUUGUAGGAGUUUCUUGCAAGAGACGAGAAUUGAUGAAAUUCAAGCACAAAAACUUGCUCAAGCCUUGGAAAUUGAUGAACUUGAAACAGGGUCUAGAUUUGGAAGGUUGUUAUGUGCCUCAUGGAAGAUCAAAGCAUUUUGUUCAACAAGUUUCCUAUCGUCAUCAUUUUCGCAUUGAUGUGUUUAUAGAGAGUGACUUCUCUUCUUUUGACAAAGAAAGUGUACUCAAACUUGCAACAUUUUAUCCUUCUGAUUUUUCAAGCAUUGAUUUGAGGUCUCUUUCUUGUCAACUUGAUAUAUUCAUGGAGGAUAUGAGAAGAGAUAAUGACUUUCAGAAUUUGCAAGAUCUUAGUUCUCUUUCAAUGAAGCUUGUUGAAACAAAGAGGGAUGUGGCUUACCCCUUUGUCUUUUUGCUUAUCAAGUUGAUUUUGAUUCUUCUAGUUGCUACUGCAAGUGUAGAGAGAGUAUUUUCUGGAAUGACGUUUGUGAAUAAGUUGUGA